AUGGCGACACCGGCAACGCAGUCACUGAAGUGUGUGGUAACGGGCGACGGUGCUGUCGGCAAGACAUGCCUUUUGAUUUCCUAUACAACCAAUGCCUUUCCGGGAGAAUAUAUACCCACAGUCUUCGAUAACUACUCAGCGAGCGUGAUGGUCGACGGCAAACCAAUCAGUCUCGGGUUGUGGGAUACAGCGGGACAGGAAGACUACGACCGGUUGCGACCGCUGUCGUAUCCGCAAACGGACGUCUUCUUGAUCUGCUUCUCGAUCGUCAGCCCGCCAUCGUUUGACAACGUCAAGGCGAAGUGGUUUCCGGAAAUCGAGCAUCAUGCGCCUGGCGUACCAAUUAUACUGGUUGGCACCAAGCUUGACCUUCGAGACGACCCCGAAGUGAGGGAGCAGCUCCGUCAGAGGAAGAUGGCGCCAAUCUCCUACGAGCAAGCGGUCCAGGUGGCCAAAGAGAUCAAAGCAGUCAAGUAUCUAGAAUGCUCAGCGCUCACCCAGCGGAAUCUCAAGAGCGUCUUCGAUGAGGCUAUCAAAGCCGUCAUCAGCCCAAAGCCAGUCAGCAAGCCGAAGAAGUCGAAAUGCACCAUUCUUUGA